AUGUCCCAGCUGUCUAUAAAGCUAAACCAACAAAGCCAAGCGAAAGGAGGCACCACACAGGAUCUUAGCUUUCUCAAGGAAGCAUCGCCGAUAUACGUAACCUCGUUAUCGAACAACACCGUCUCCGUAACCAACACCAGCACCACGGUGACGGCAGGAACAAAAACCAACUACUCAGCUGGGUCCAAUUUACAACAAGCAGCAACCAAUAACAAUAACACGGCUAAACAGAUAGGUAACGUAACGUCGGCAGCCAGUUCGGCUGUAAUUACUGGUACUAACUCGGUGGCUGGGUCCGCAGCAGCAAAAAGUGCUACUCAAAAUGUGAUCAACUCCUCGGUCGGCUCGAAGCCAGCGUCUAAUCAAAUUCAGUCCACUACGUCUCAGUCCUCUAACAUCAGCACAACUGUCCCACCGUCGACAUCACGCCAGCAGAACGUAUCCACUAUAUCUAACAUUGUGACAUCAAACGUCGCAGCGUCGUCUGCCCUGCGGGGCACUCCGUCUACCGCUGCGGGGUCAACGUACUCGACAGCCAACACUAAACCUAGCGAACAGCAACAGUUUAAUCUUAACAAUAACAACUAUUAUCCCAUCAACAGCAGUAACAUUGUGAAUGUGAAUCAUAGUCUUAUCAAUAACAACAUCAAUAGCAAUAUUAGUAAAACUGGUGCUGGUAAUAGUUCUUGUGGUAGUUAUUACAGUAAUCUAACCAAUCCGAUUAUCGCAAACGGUCAUGGUCCCAAGCGAGAGCUGGCCACACUAUCCGAAGGUGAACUCGAGCUGCAAGACGAACCAUAUGAGACGAACAGCAACAUAUCAAGGGGUGGCACAGAAGUACUGCUAGGUGAUCAGAGUUUGCGACAGGAAACCCGGUAA